AUGUACCCGCCGAGAAAAGACGACGACCUAGGACGAUAUUCUGGCUUGCCAACGGAACGCCCGCGCGACGACCACGACACUGCGUCCACUCAACCCUAUGACAAUUCAUACUCUUCCUCUGCCUCCCUUCGCGCAAAAUUAUCAUCCCUAACCCGAAGACGACGACGGAUAAGGCCGACAACUAUUGUCCUCCUUCUCUUAAUUUUUAUUUUGCUCUGUGUCUUCCUCAACAAUAUAAGCCUGCAAUAUGGCUCUGACGAGCCGGUUAUGUGGAAUGAAGGGGACUUCACGUUUAACGACCAAUCCCGGCCUGCCUAUCUGGACAAGCCAUUAUCUACCCCACUGCGCAUCCGCCUCGCAGUAAUGUCCCGCGUGGAUGAAUUUGAGCGGCGUCAGGUUACGCGCGACGCCGUGCUGUAUGGUGUGCCGGAGAGCGAUGUGAAGCUGGAAUACAAGUUCUUCGUCGGGCGACGAGUGGCGAAGGAUAAUCUCGACACGGUGAAAGGCUGGUUGUGGAAGAUUCGGCUGUUAAUGGAGAGCUGGAUUUAUGGAGACAUCAUAAUGCUCCAUGACCUGAAUGAUGUACCUCAGCGGCUCUCCGAGAAACGGUACGCAGCAAUACAAUGGACAGCUUCGGUUCCACAAAGUGAAUACGAUUAUUCGAUGACUAUGGAUUCAGAUACCUUCUGCCGCUUUCAGACGCUCGCACGAAGAUUACGGCACGCAUACCCAGAGCUCAGACCUCAUAUGGAGCCCAUCUUGAUUGGAAGAAUGGGCGGCCACCUAGUUUAUCUCCAAAAUACCGUCCCUGACGGAAAUAUAAACGAUUCGGAUGAAGACUUUAUUUUGAAAGGCCCGUGGUAUUCCUAUCCUCUGGGGAUCGGGUACAUGUUAAGCUCAAAUCUUACGGACACAAUUUUCACGGCUGAUCCUCCUUUCCCACACCACAUCAACUACCCUUCAGAUGACGUGAUGAUAGGCUCCUGGGUCGCAGCUCUUAAGCUCUUCCAUGACCCCAAUGUUCUCUUCGAGACGACGAUCGAACACUCACCUCCCCCACAGCACCGAGUCUACCCGAAACCAUACCUCCCCUACGCAGUUGACACAAAGGUCGUGGAUGAUACCGUCGGAUGGCACGAUUUUAAAAACCGCGGCGGGAAUGAAGGACCCAUUGGCUGGGAGACCGCCUGCGUGCAUCGACUGUCGCCGAAGGAGAUGAAGGAUUUGCGACAAAUGGCGGAAAUUCGGAUGGAAUGGGAUCCGAGGUGA